AUGGCCGAAAGUCUGUCUCCAGAAUGCACACCGCUCAAACUCAAGUACGAUUCUUGCUUUAAUUCGUGGUUUGAAGGGUACUUGGAGCCUGCUGUGGCUGCUACACCCAAGGAACGGGCUGCGUAUUCGAAGAAGAAGGCGGAGGAGUUUCAGAAAAAAUGUGGAAGUGUUUGGGAGCAGUAUCGUGAAUGUGUGCAGAAAGCUGUGAAAGAGCGGGGUCUUGACAAGCUGCUGGAGCAAGCUCGACAGGAGAAUCCUCUGACAGAGCCACCUCCAAAUACGCCACCUUCGACGGCGCCAAAAUCAUAG